AUGAGCUUAAAGAAUCUCACGCGCAGCGCCGCGGUGGCUUGGUGCCCCUCAGGCGCAUGGGGUCUCUCGGUGCAGGAAGGCACCAGCAGCAGCAGCAGCAAAACUAGCAGCACAGGAGGGGAUGGGGGGAGCCGCGAGCUGUUGGCGCUGGGUACCAUGGGUGUUGAUCCUCGGCUGGAGUUUGCCUCCUUCGAUUUGUCAUCUCCAAGCGCCUCCCUUCCAGUUGUUGCUUCUGUGGGAGCUCCCUCUCCCUUCCAGUGCAUAGCUACCGCCAUAACUACCGACUUAGGCUCAGCGAAUGCCUGCCUUGUCGCGGGUGGCAUGUCUGAAGGAGACGUCACUCUCUGGAAUGCUGGCGACAUACUCAAGUCAGUGAUGCCGCGUCUCAUUUGCCUUCAUCCGUACCUGUUUUUUGUGCGUGUACCUGUCCCUUCGCCUGUCUGUAGUCAGGGCGUGGCCUCUGGUGAUAGUGGGUCCUCGGGUUUGCUGCAGACGGUGGAGGUCCAGCGGGGGCAGCGCGUGCAGGCGUUGCAGUUCAAUUCGCUGCGGCCCUCGUUGCUAGCUGCUGGCACGAGCAGCGGUGGUCUUUCCAUAGUCGAUGUCGAGAUUGCUACGGAAGCAGUUGCACACAAACCCGGAGCGGAUGGAGCAGCAGGUGAUGACUGCGAGUGCACCUGUCUUAGCUGGAACGCUUCGGUGGCACAUAUCAUCGCCACCGGCACUGGCACGGGGCAGACUGUUGUCUGGGAUCUGAAGCAGAGGAAGCAUGCUAUCAGCUUCUGCGACCCGCAACACCGCCAUUCGCGUCCAAGUUCAGUUUUGUGGCUGCCAAAUCAGCCGACACAGCUUCUACUAGUUUACGACGAUGAUAGAAAACCUUCGCCGCAGCUUUGGGACCUACGCAACGCAACGUUCCCUUUGAAAGAAGCCAUUCCACAACCUCCUUACGGCCAUACUCGUGGAAUUGUAUCUGCCUCGCUGUGCCCGGCGGAUAGCCGCAUGGUGCUAACGUGCGGGCGCGACAGCCGGUUGGUUUGUUGGUGGUUACCGGAAGAGUCAGUGCAGCAACAGCAGCAGACUCACAGCAGUGGCAUUGAGGUGUACGUGCAGCAACAGGCAGUCGAGCCCUAUAUGCAGGUCUUGUGGUCGCCAACAGCGCCAGGCGUAUAUGCAGCAGCGACACCCAUGCAGGUUUCUGUGUGCUCGUUGCUAGCCUCCAAUUGUGCUGCGGGGUCUCCGUCAUCAGCAGCAGACCGUUUCUAUCCACCAGAAGACUCUAGAAUCAUGGGGCCCUCUAGCAGCAAGUUUAUACCGUCUUGGUUCAAGAAGCCACGCGCUGUGGAUUUCAGCAGUAGCGGGCGGCUAGCGUACUCGACUUCUUUGUCUCAUUCUGCGUUAAUGCUGAGGUCCGUCGAGGAGUUUACAGAGACGAAGCUCGAAGAGACAGACGCACACGAAACGGGCCAGCUUGCAGCAGCAUUUGCUGCACAGGUGCAGCAGCUAGACGGGCUUAUAAGGCAGCAGUGCUGGGCGGAUAUCUGCACACUCCAGCUUCAGCAAAUGGAGCGGCAGCAGCACCAGAGUGAGUCGGAAGACCGAGAAGUCUGGUCGGCGCUGCUUGACACACUGAACGGGCGCAUACCGAACCUCGGGGGGAGCAGCAGGGAGGAGUUACAGCAGCAGCUCGAGACACUUCUAGGCCAUCCGCUUCCAUCUGUGCAAGAACAGCAGCGGCAGAAGCAGCUGUUGCUGCAACAGCAGCAGGAGCAAGAACAACAGAUGCAAAUGCAGCAGCAAAUGCAGCAGCAUCCCAUGUACGGCUAUGCCAUGCACCCGCAACAGCACCAGCAGCAGGAGCAAGGAUACAUCAACGGGCCUGGGUCAUACCCAGGCUACCCGUUGAGUAAUGGCAACGGAACGCAGCAGCAGCAGCAGCAGCAGCAGCAGAUUGCUGCCUUGACUGCAGUGGACCCAGAAAAGUUUUUUUCACAACUCGGGGGCGCAGAGGAACGUGAAUCCUCGAAGGAUCAACAGGAGCAACAAAGGGAGGAAGAAUCCGCAUCCGGUGACGUGCUCCAGCAACAACAACAACAGCAAGAGCAGGCAGUCAAGCCGAAUCCAGCCAGCAGCAGGGCGUCUUCACAGCAUGGCGAUAUUGACUGGACAUCUGCGCCAUGGCAGCUUCUGCGGGAAUGUCUUCUUACUGGUUCUAUAGAAGGGGCUGUGGAGCUGCUGAAGGUUUACGGGACGCUUAGCGAUGCGCUGCUUCUGGCGGGAGCCGCAGCAGCAGCGCCGCUACCUCAGCAGCAGCAACAGCAGCAGCAGCGCCAGAGCAGCAACGCAUGUCUUUGGGAAGCAGCGGAAGGCCAAGGCCUCGCCAUUUGGCGCACAGUUGCGGAGGCGUAUGUACACAACAUGCAGGACGAAUUUUUCAAGCUGUUCGGUUUCGCGGUGCUAGAUUGCCUGGACAGCCUAGUUACGGAAGUUUCGUUGGUAUGCUGGCGUGAGGCUCUGCGGCUCUUGGGGAGCUACGCGCGUGACAAGGACACAUAUUACCGACUGGCGCGGCAAUUAGGGGAACGGCUGUCUGCGUCGGGGGACUUGAAGGGGGCCCUAGUGUGUUUCAUUACGUCACGUGAUUUCCCAGCUGCAUGCGACAUCUGGCUGCAGCAGCUACAGCAGAGAAUCUACACACAUCGCAGCAAGAGCAGCAGCAGCGGCAGCAACUACUUCGCGCAGCCGCUUCUCAAUACUAUCCAAAAAAUGCUCGUCUUUAGAGCGGCAGCAAAUUUCCAGGGCCCUUGCCCUGCAUUCGAAAGGGUCGCACUUGCAUACGCAGACGAGGCAAGCAGCCUUUCGUGUGGAUCGUGCGCGAUGUUGGUUCUACGGUUGUAUUUGGGAGUUGGUAGCACCAACAUAAGCAGCAUAACAGAUGGAGCGGCAGCAGCUGGUUCAGGUCAGCAGGCCCUAGAGUCCUCCCUGCGUGCCGCAGCGCUUGAGCUGGCCAUGCGUCUGUAUUACAGCAACCCUACAGCAAUGGAGCGAGCAGGAUUUACUUCUCCCAAUCUGCGUGCGGAGAGCUCGGGGUUUGGUGGGGCCAUGCAGCGCCAGCAGCAACAGCAGCAGCAGCGGCAGCCAGUGCGCUCGAUGCCCCCGGCUCAGCCAUCGCUGCAACAACAGCAGCCUCCGUUUCUGCAGCAGCAGCAGCAGAGGGGCCAUGAUGUUCCUUCUGCUCCCCCACCCCAGCAGCAGCAGCAACAGAUGCAGCAGCAGUCGCAGCAGUUCUGUGUUCCCCGCAUGCUGCCAGCCUCAGGGCCUUCCACUCAAUCAGGAGCUUUAGGGCCGGUACACAGGCCCUCCCCAGCGACUAACGGAUUGCAACAAGGGUUUCUUCCCAACGGCUCACAGCAGCAACAUCAGCAUCACCAGCAACGAGACAUGUUCCCGCAGAAUCCGGGUUCUGUUUCACGGGUAGCCCCUAUCUCUUCCGCUGGCUUCAUGAGUCCUUCCCCUGCCUUGGGCGCCCCAAGGGGUGUGCCGCCACCCCCAGUGUCUGCUGCUACUGGUGGGACAGCUGUUCCUGGAGGUAGCGUACUCAGACCAGCUGCUCCAGCAUCUUCCUUCGGUUUCACUGCACCACAGUCAGCACCGGCGCCUUCAAACGCGUCUACCGGUAAUAUCGCUGGUGGGACGGGUGCUCUUGGGGGCGCACCUGGGGUAUCGUUGGCGGCCCCCCCGGGAUCGCUAGCGAGCGCUGGGCCUGGUGCUUCCGGUUUUGGACAUGCGGGUGGAUUUCCUCGCUUGCCUCCAACUGGCGAGGGGGGCCACAGUCCUGCCCCGUAUUCUGCUCCCACUGUUGGAGCCCAGCCUGUAAAACCUGGCAUGCCUGUACCGUGGCCAAUACCUACAGCAGCACAACUCAACCAAAGGGCAACGAAGAGCACCUAUGCAGCAAACAUGGGCAUAAACAAAGCUUCCGAAAAGGGGACGGAAGGAAAGGCUCUGCCGCCAGACCAACAGGCAUUCGUGCGCAGCGUAUUGAGCGGUUUGUUGCAGAUGCAGCAGGGGCCGUCAGCACAAGACCUUUCGAACAAGGUGGAGGACCUUCUUCUCAAGCUGCAGCAAGGCGAGUUGAGUGGCAGCGGCUGCGAGAAGGUUGUGGCCCUGUGCAGCGCUCUGCAAGGCGGCGAUAUUGCACAGGCGCAACGUUUGCACGCAGACCUAUCAGCCACAGAAUGGCACGCCUCGAACAGGCAGUGGCUGAUGGGCCUCAAGCGUUUAAUACCGAAGCCGUAG